GGCAGCUCUCCAAAGGAGGGGGUUGUCUGGCCUGUGUUGCUUCUGCAUGGCCGGUCGCCUUGGGAGUGUAGCUCCUGCCCGGACUGCGACCUGCCUUUGGAAGUAGUAGAGGGCGGGCAGUUGCAAUGGCUUCAUCGCCCUUGAAAGUCUGCAUCGUGGGAUCAGGAAACUGGGGAUCUGCUGUAGCCAAAAUAAUAGGCAAUAAUGUAAAAGCAGUAAAGAAGUUUGCUUCCACUGUAAAAAUGUGGGUCUUUGAAGAAAAUGUUAAUGGAAGAAAGCUGACUGAUAUCAUAAAUAAUGAUCAUGAGAAUGUAAAAUAUCUUCCUGGAUACAAGCUGCCAGAGAAUGUGGUUGCCAUCCCAAGCUUGAAAGAAGCCGUUAAAGAUGCUGACAUGUUGGUUUUUGUCAUUCCCCACCAGUUCAUUCACAAAAUCUGUGAUGAGAUGAUAGGCCAUGUAGCCAAGAAAGCUAUUGGCAUAACGCUCAUUAAGGGAAUAGACGAAGGGCCAGAAGGACUCAAACUCAUUUCUGACAUCAUCCGUGAGAAAAUGGGAAUAGACAUCAGUGUGCUGAUGGGAGCAAACAUAGCCAAUGAGGUUGCCGCAGAGAAGUUCUGUGAAACCACAAUAGGCUGUAAAAUUUUGGAGAAUGGCUUCCUCUUCAAAGAACUCCUCCAGACGCCAAAUUUUCGCAUUACUGUGGUGGAUGAUGCCGAUACAGUUGAGCUUUGUGGUGCUCUUAAGAACAUAGUGGCAGUUGGAGCUGGCUUUUGUGAUGGCCUUCGCUGUGGGGAUAAUACCAAAGCUGCUGUCAUCAGGCUCGGAUUAAUGGAAAUGAUCGCCUUCGCAAAAAUCUUCUGCAAGGGGCAGGUGUCAACUGCCACUUUCCUGGAGAGCUGUGGGGUGGCAGAUCUCAUCACCACCUGUUAUGGUGGACGCAACCGGAGAGUGGCCGAAGCAUUUGUGAAAACAGGAAAGACAAUUGAAGAACUAGAGCAAGAAAUGCUGAAUGGGCAAAAGCUCCAAGGGCCACAGACUUCUGCAGAGGUGUAUCGCAUCCUUAAACAGAAAGGAUUGACGGAGAAGUUUCCACUUUUUGCUGCUGUCUAUCAAAUCUGCUACGAAGGGAGACCUGUCCAAGAGAUUAUCUCCUGCCUUCAGAGUCAUCCAGAGCACAUAUAAAGCAUCCUUUUUUCCAUUGUCACAACUCCUGCUUUUCCUCUUCAUGUGUGAGUCUGGAUAGAUGUAAUUAAGCCUCACAAGAAGCCACUCCAUUAAGCAAUCAGGGCAACACUUGAACGUUUCUAGAUUUCUGCACUUGUCAUAAAAUUACACAACUCUUGGAUUUGUUAUUUUUUUACCAGCUGAAGUUCGAGUGUUUUCCCGCUAUUCUAAUGCAGCACUUACAUUCCUAUUCUAAACCCAGUAGGACUCGGGGAGGUCAGAGCUCUCAACAUGCAUUUUAAAAACUGCUAAUUUCCCUUCCUGCCUAGGUUUAGAUCAGGGCCACAGUUUGUGAAAGGAGGGAAAGGUUAACCUUUUAUUCUCAUGCAAUUUUUCUGAACUGCCAUUAGCUGCAUGAGAAAAAUGUCCAUUUCAGACUUGUCUUUUGUUUCUCUAGCAGGGCUAUCUACCACUUAGGGGGCAGAUUUCUAUUCUUCUGCCCACACAUACGCACAAAAUCCCAAUCCACAUUGGGAGUCCUCUGUUUACUUUUCGGCUGCAGUGCCAUCCUAAGUAGAGUUAUAUCCUUCUAUUGACUUCAGUGGAUUUAGAAAAGCAUAACUCUGUUUAAGACUGCACUGUCAGUCAUGGCUCUUUCACAUUUUGCCCAGUUGCUCUCUAAAUUAAUGUGUCUUAGCACAGUGGAGAAAGCUUGAUCAUUUUUGUCUACUUCGUUCUGAUUCUUCCUUUACUCAAAGAGCCCUGGAAUUAAAUGCAGCCUGAAAAUGCCUUUUGUUUCGGGGUGAUUCACUGAAAUGCACUUGAGUUCUGUAGGACAGUUUUGACCUUUAGUCAGGUUUGCACGCCGCUUAACAGAAGCACAAAACCAUUUUAGUAGAGAAUCAAUUGGGUAGCACUUACUUGUUAAGGAGGAGGGCACUUGAGCUUUUAAACAGAUUUUAACAAUAUUUUAGGAACAAAAAAUUCAGAUGCGUGUUUAUGUGGGUGCUAAUCUUUUUCAAAAGGAGCAUGCUUGCAAACAGAAAUUUUUCCUGGCCUUCUUUCCUUCAUUUUUUUUGUUUUUUCCUUUCUCUUCCUGUAUCACAUAAGAGUAAAUAUGGACACAGUGUUGAUAUGUCGCAGCACUCGUUCAACCCAGUAUGGCUUUGGACUCAAGUAUGUGUAUGUACAAUUGGCUCUUAUCAGAGACUGUUGAGGUGAUGAUGGGGAAGGAUUAUGACCAUUUGUACAAUUAUCUGAUUAUGGCACUCAUAAAUGGUGACAUAGUUUGUUGCUACGUGGAUUAACCUACUUUACCAACACAUUUCCAAGAGUUGGUGAGAUGUGAAUUUUUUUGCUACAAAUUAUUUUUGCCAUUGUUGUUAAAUCCCAAAGGUUCAUCUUCAUCUGGCAUUCUGUAUCUUUGCCAUCCUUCUCUAAUAGACCAGUUCCCCAGUUCUUCCUCUCAAACCCUUCCUGCAAAUAGAUUCCUAAAUGUUGUGCUAAUUGUACAUGAAAUUCUGUUCCCCAGUUGUUCUUUUGUAGCAUCAGCACUCCUAACAUUCACAUUGCCAUGCUAAUCCACCAGCUACAGUAGCUGCUCACCAAAAAUGGGAUGAGAAUUCUUUGGGGUGCAUAAUAGUGUCAUUCCUUGAACUCUGAUAAAUUAUAGUGGCUUUUAUUUAAGUGCCUGUUUAUUACACUGUGUUUUACCUUUUAGAAAUUCGUUGACCAGUUCCCCAUUGCUUUCAAAUAUGAGAAGUUUCUGGAAGUUGUUCAUAGUCUAAACAGCCUUGACUUCCUGUUGUCUUAACAAAUGAAAGCUUGAGACGGCCUAGUCUUGGUUUGGUGAAACUGGGACAUCAGUGAAUUGGCUUACCUGUUUAUGUGGGGUGAAAGACAUUUACACCUUUUGAAAAGCUUGUUUAUAAAGAGUCAAAUGCAUGACCUGAGAAGUAGUGCUACUGGAUCAAGUCCCAGAAGUUAAUUCUGUGUUCAGAAAGAAACUCUGGUUGUCUAUUGCAUACACUCCUAGCCUUGAAGGGAUUUGGUAUGAUUACUACACUUUUUGUUGCUGACAGUUCGGCAUUACACUCCUUCUGACUUGGUGCAGCUCAUAAUGAAUUUUAUUGGAGGCCAAUCCUGCUUAAAGUCGACAGCAAGUGUCCUGCAUAGGCUUGUUGUGGGUUGCAACCUUUGAGGCUGUCCCUAUUCAGAUGUCUAGAAAUGAGCGUCCCAGAUACAUUUCUCUGCUUGGGUAAACAUGGGAAUGAGGGCUGCUUCCCAUACAAAAUAUACUAAAGGUGGAAACAUGGAGAUCUUGUGUGUAGUAAUCGUGUUGCAUGCAUUUGCUGUUUAUGUGACUUUCUGUACACCCUGCCCCAAAACAUAAGUGUGUAGAGAAAACAACACAAAGCAGUCCUUAGAAAUGGCAGUUUGCUUCAUCAUUGCAACAGAGUUUCAAAAACGUCAAACUAAUUAUAGUGCUCUGCACAAUGGAAGAAUGUGAACACACAGCAGUUUGCCUUAUUCUUUUAAUCCAUCUGUUGUAUUCACUAAUGAAGAUGUAGACUGCUUCAGGUGUAAUGUGGCAGGGUAAAUACUGAAGGGUAUAUCUGAGAAUUAGGUGAUCUGGCCAUGCAUCAGGCAGCUUGAGAAUACACACUCCUUUUUGUGGUAUAAAUCUAUAUAAAACAUUUAUCAAUUUUUUAAUAUUUAACCAUCUAAUUUAAUGAUGGCUUUGUCUUGUAUUUGUAACCUACAAUAUGUAUUAACCAUCCAUGUUUUGUAUAAUAAGUAAAGGGCUAUGUGAGCUGAAUGUAAUGAAUUAAGCAUACAGCUGAAUUACUUACUCCACUUAUAAAAUGAAGACCUGUUUUUUUUUUCUAGAAAACCCUUUGACAAUGAAAUCUGAUGCAAGCUUUAAUGAUGUAUUUAAUCAAACUCUGCUCAUUUUAUUUUUUCAAUAAAAGCUAAGAUUGUGUGAUUAUCCUGUA